AUGUGGGCCCUUGACCGGUUUGACGUCAUUUGCCGUAUGGGCAAUAUAUGGUUUAGUUCGCCAUACGAGAAUAAAUCAUACACCAUAAACCAUUCAGGUCCGUAUGGCGUAUGGCGUAUGGUUAGAAAGCCUGCGAGUCGCUAUGGUAUCCUCUUGAGCAAUUGGCCGAUGGAUUACUACCUACUGCCUCCGAGGUGGCCCGUUGGUCCUAUCCCAAAUACUUCAACCGAUUUAAGAGAUGGAAAGGAUUUACAUUUUGAUGGUAACCCUUCUUCCUACGUGACCCUUGUGAGUCUUCGGGUGACCUGCAGAGAGUCCCGUUACGCCGCUUGUCUCCAUGAAAGACAGCCACGAAGCGACGCUCGCAAAGGUCCAGGCCAAGCUUCAACUUGCGCUACCGCAGGCCAUCACGCGUCUUACUCCUUGACCUCUGCAGGGAUCGAUAGAACGAAACAAUGGAAGAUUACAUGUGCUCCAGAAGACCUCGUCAUCUUUCAGCUUCACCCUCUCGAAUCAAAGUCACCCUCUCCAUGCACGAAGGGACCCGGUGCAGGCUUAGAGGAGUGGGGCCUAGGGAUGCGGCAUGUUGGCUGGGAAUACCAUACGGACUGGUUGUCCGAGAGGAGAAAAUAUCCAUCCGCUGACAUACUGAACUUUCUAUGUUCAUGCGCCUUGCGUGGUGCAAAGGUUGGCAAUCUGGAGGCGAUAUGGAUAGUCAACUACAAGAUCAAACGAAAACAGUGGGUACACUCAAAGGAGCAGGUAAAUAGGCCCGCUAUGGAUGUCUUCAAGAUGGACAGGUAUCGCCUCGUAGAAGUAGACUACAAAGACUGGCGUCACCUGCCACGAGAGGAGGCUACGUGGGAAGAAAUUUCAGACAACCCAGAUGAGGACGCAACACACACAUUCUUACCAUUCGUCAAUUUCCUCCAGGACUUGAUUCUACUUCUGAUUGGUCGUCAAGCUCUUCGGCACCGAACCAUUCAAGUUAGAAUAUUAGCUUGUGAGUCGUACUAAGAUGGGGAGAGUAGAAGAAGACUUAUUUCUCGAAAAUGUAUCACUUCGGAUUAAGUAUUCGAGUGGAGUUAAAAGUAUUUCUUGAGCCUAUUAGUUUUUUAAAAUUGAAUGCUCCAUGUCAGCACCAACCCGCCUGACCAAGGCUGCCGUGUCCUGCAUUGAUGAUAGUCUCAAACUCAGGAUGCCAUGCACCGGCCGGAGUUGCCAUUGACGUUGACCAUGAUGCCUAAGGCAUGGCAUGCGAUCGUGUGAUGACCAUGUCUGAAGUGUUUGAUGAAACCCCGCCUCAGGGUUUUUCACGGGGAUGAGCCUGGCCGAGCGCUGUGGGGUUAAUAUUUC